AUGAGUCAAAAGAGUUUUACGACCACGCGAGUGAACAUCGAGACGGAAGACGGCUUCCGACUGCGCAGCUGCGGAAUUGAGGAUCUACCGGCUUUCAACGAUGUGCUGAUGACGGUCUUCUACGACAUGCAACUGUGCAACUUGGCGUGCUGCUACCGCGCCUCGCCGGACACCUUUUACGUCAUCGAGGAGGUGACCACUGGCAAGACGGUGGGGGCGAUAUCGUUGAACCGGAUCAGCGAAUCGUUCAUGUGGCAGCACGACGCGGUGUUGUUGCCGGCCUACCAACACCGUCGUCUGUUCUCCACCUUCGAGCCGGCCCUACCGCACGCUCCAAGUUACGGCGGUAACCGCAACCAGUCGAGCUUGAGCUGCUUUCGCAAGGAGCCGUUGCUUUUCGCCCACAAACAAAAGGGUUUUUACGGACAGGUGAGACUUGCACGAAGGGUGAAGGCAUCGUCCCCGCCCGGCUUCCACAUGGCUACCUUCCGGGCCAACAACGAUAUGGUAGAUGAAGAGCUGUUGGCAAAAGUGCUACAGUACGAUGCAGAGAUGUAUGGUAACUUCGAGGCUCCCCGCCGACGCCAGUUCAUCACCGAGUGGAUCACGAAUGGCAACAGUCCGACGGUGGUCGCGGUGGCGCUGAGGGACGUCGACUCGAUGAUCUGCGGCUACGGAGUGGCGAAGAUGAACCUGCGGUCGGACGGCAGAUUCUCGCCGGUGUACGCCGACGACGGGGUCAUCGCCACGGCGAUCUUC